AUCCGCCUCCUCCUCCUCCUCCUCUUCUCCUCUCUCUUUCUUCUCUUUUGGCCUUUGCAAACCAUACACAGACCCCAGAAACGCAGAGGGAAAGAAAGGGAGGAGGGAGCGCAAAGCAGGACAGUCUUAAUCUCAAAGCCCAGCAUUGUCUCUGUUUCUCUCCUGACGUUGCCUGCUGCCACCGUCCUCGCUUGCUAUUUUCAGAUCCACGCAACGCUUUCUCUCCUUCAUAUCCAUCUAUACAUCUUCUUCAGUUUUGCAACUAUGGUUUUCUGGGUAUUUGGUUAUGGUUCACUGGUGUGGAACCCUGGGUUUGAGUACGAUGAGAAAGUCAUAGGCUUCAUCAAGGAUUACAGGCGUGUUUUCGACCUUGCAUGCAUUGAUCACAGAGGUACACCUGAAAAUCCUGCAAGGACUUGCACCUUGGAGCUCAUUGAAGGAGCCGUUUGUUGGGGUGCUGCUUUUUGUGUUCGGGGCAGUCCUGAAAAGGAAAGGGCAGCAAUGGAGUACUUGGAGCGGAGAGAAUGCGAAUAUGAUCAAAAGACCCUUGUGGACUUUUACAAGGAAGCAGAUCCUCUGCAGCCUGCUCUAACUGGAGUUAUUGUUUUCACAUCUACUCCAGACAAAGUUUCAAACAAGUAUUACCUGGGGCCUGCUCCAUUGGACGAAAUGGCUAGGCAAAUUGCAACUGCUGUUGGACCCUGUGGAAACAAUAGGGAUUAUCUCUUCCUGCUGGAGAAGGCCAUGUUUGAUAUAGGGCAUGAAGAUGACAUGGUCAUAGAGCUGGCAAAUGAAGUGAGGAAGGUACUUGGAACACUGGGGAAAGGAAUUUCCAAGGAGAAGAAGCUAGUGGGGCCGCCUCACAUGCCGCUUAAAUCCCAGACCCCCAUCCCAUCGAUGCAGUUGCGUCUGCUUCCGGAAGCUGUUGCAAUGGAUUCCUAGGUUUUUGCAUGAAGAAUCAGUCACUAGAAGGGCGAACCUUGCUAAUGCUAACUCAAAAAUUACUCUAGGGGAAGAGUUAUCCCAUUAUUGUUACCUGGUUUAACCUUAUUCAUAGAGCGGUUUUGCGGUGAAGACACGAGAGAAUGGAUGUAGUAGGUUUAAACUUGUAAUGUGCGUUUAUUUCAGUUUCUAAUCAAAGAAAAUAAUACUACACUUAAUGUUUAGAUGCG